AUGACUUCAGUGCAGGACUAUUCAUGCAUAUUUUGCAAAGAAAGCUUUGAUGAUAAGGAGACAUUACAAAUACAUUUUAGGAAACAUGGAGAUCCAAAGUUUAAUCAAAUCGCAAAGGCUAGACUUCGUGUCCAGAAUGAAUCACCGACUUCUCUUGAAACUCCAAAAGAUGACAAUGAAACUGUCUCAUGUGAUGUAUGCGACGAGGUGUUUCCAACGAUAUCUAAAGCAAUAACACAUAAACAUAAGGUCCACCCCGAGCAUGAUGCUAAAUAUUUUUGUCCAUGGUGUGGCAAGCUGUUCACAUUAAAGCAUCUUUAUAACAAGCAUCUGCAAUCAACCCAUGAUUCUGUUGAAUCCAAAACUAUCACAUCUUUUCACUGUGAUUGUUGCAAUGUAGACUUCUUUGUACCAUCAGCCAUGGUAUACCACAAUAAGUUUUUUCAUAGACAAGACACAGACAUACCCGCGGUGGGGCAUUCAAAGAAAGUUAAGUUAGUAAGUCAGGAACUGGUACAAAUCUUCUACUGCCCUUUUUGUGGUGAGGAGUAUAAUAACAGGAUUAAUUUACAUAAACAUAUGACAGAUGAUCACAGUGAUGAAGAUCAUAGUCCUGAGAAUAUAUUGAGAUGCCCUUUAUGUGAGGCAGUAUUUUAUCACUUAGAUGCUUAUGAAUUACAUUUAACUUUUCACUCAUCAGAAGACCUUUACAGUGAAGAAAAUGAAAUGCUUAAACAAAUAGUUGAAUUUUCAUUGGAUACAGUGCCCCCUCUGAUGGAAAAAAUGGAAAAUCCUGCAAAUAAUGAUGAUUGUGAAGAUAUGGGUGCGAUGGGAGUUGAUCAAUUUCUUCAAUUGACUAUGAGUAAAGAUCCAGAAGAAAAACAUUCGGCAUAUAUGGACAAAAUCAAAUCAAAAAAACAUAAAAAACAUAAAAAGUCCAAAAAAACAAUAACACUAGAUGAGUUUCUGAAUAUGAAUACUGAUGUAUUUGGAGAAGACAGGGCGGUGAAGAGAGCCUAUAUGCGGCAGCCCAGAUACCGCUGGAAGGUUGAAGUUGUGAAGGACCUUCGCGCCCUGAACGCAGAAAACUGGGAGGAGAUCGCACAAGACAGGGCGCGUUGGCGCCAACCCGUAUCGGAGGCCAAGACCCACUUCGGGUCGCUGAGCCAGCGGAGU